CGGCCCUCAGUUAUUUAUUAGCGCAGCUCGCCGCUCGGCUCAGUCUGCUCCUGCUCUCGCACACACACGUACGUGGAGCAGAGACGCGUGGGAAACCCGCGGACAUUGUAGAAUCGAGCGCAAAAACACGGGGAGAUAAUACAACACAUGUGAAGCGAUCCCUGUGUGAUGAGACUCUCGAUCGAUUUGUGAUUUGUGAAGCACCAAACCCUCCAGCUCCAGGCGGUCAGUUUUUCGUUUUUCUUCCUGUUGAUUGAGAUGAGAACUGCUGAAGACUCCUCUGGAACGGUCCUGCACCGUCUCAUCCAGGAGCAGCUCCGCUACGGGAACCUGACAGACACCCGCACACUGCUGGCCAUCCAGCAGCAGGCCCUGCGUGGAGGGAGCAGCGGAGGGGGCAUCGGCAGUCCCCGCUCCUCACUUGAGAGCCUCAGCCAAGAGGAGACCCAGUACAUCCAGAUGUCAACACGGCAGGAGCCUCAAGGCCAGGAGCACCAGGGGGACUGUCUGCACUCUGAGAGCCCUGUGUGCCAUCUGUACCAGCUCCAUGGUGAGGAGCUGCCCACGUAUGAGGAGGCUAAGGCCCACUCCCAGUACCUGAUCUCUCAGAAGGUGCAGGCCGAGCAGGAAAGCUCCUGUAUGGACAUCAUGGGCAGUCGCAGUGAGGGACAGUGGGAUCUGAAGAGGGAGCAUGCUCGCUCCCUCAGUGAGAGGCUCAUGCAGCUCUCUCUGGAGAGGAAUGCACCGAGAGCCAAUAUGGGUUUAAGCUUUUCAAACAGCUACCCACAGCUGUACAGCAAUAAUGCUACAAAUGCUAUUGCACCUGCCCGGCAAGGGGUCCAACAGUGUGUAGACCAGCGUGGGCCACCUCCGGACUACCCUUUCUGUGCCAGUCUUCCUGGAUAUAUGCUCAGCCACUCGCAGGAGCAUGGACAGUUCUACAGAGACCCUCCUCCCCCCUUCUACGCAGACCCCAGCAGGUAUGUGUCCGCUCAGUCCCAGGUGGCUCACAGCAGCAUCCCUGCAGCAUCAAGCAACUCAGCUCAGUCCGACGUGUUGAUAAGGGAGAAUGUGCGACUCAGGAAGGAGCUGGAGGUCUAUGCUGAGAAGGCCGUCAGGCUGCAGAAGUUGGAGUUGGAGAUUCAGAGGAUAUCUGAAGCUUAUGAGACUCUAAUGAAAGGUUCUGCCAAGCGGGAAACUCUGGAAAAAACCAUGAGGAAUAAACUCGAGGCUGAGAUCAAGAGGAUGCACGACUUCAACAGAGACUUGAGAGAACAACUGGACACAGCCACCAAACAGCGAGCAGCUAAGGAGGCUGAGUGUGUGGACCAGAAGCAGCAUGUCUUUGUCAAACUCCUGGAGCAAAAAGAGGAGCAGCAGCGAGAGCGUGAACGUCUGGAAAGGCAGGUUCAGCUCUUGCACAUCUCUGGAGAGGAGUGCCAGCAGAGACGAGAGCUGCUGGAGCAGGGUCUGGCCUCAGCACAGGCCCGCAACUGGCAGCUGGAGGAAGAACUGCAGAGGAAGAGGGCCUACGUAGAGAAAGUGGAGCGGCUGCAGAGCGCGCUGGGUCAGCUGCAGGCGGCGUGCGAGAAGAGGGAAGUGCUGGAGCUGCGGCUCCGCACUCGGCUUGAGCACGAACUGAAGAGCCUCAGGGCACAACAGUCUCAGAGGCGGGCAGCUGACCCCACAGCUUCAGAAUUGAGCUCGUCCAUGUCGCAGCAGCAGCAGCUGAGGGAGAAAGAGGAGCGUAUCCUGGCCCUGGAGGCCGACAUCACCAAGUGGGAGCAGAAGUACCUGGAGGAGAGCACCAUGAGGCAGUUUGCCAUGGAUGCAGCUGCCACUGCUGCUACACAGAGAGAUACAACCAUCAUCAAGCACUCCCCCCGACAUUCACCCAACAACAGCUUUAAUGAAGAUCUGCCUUUGUCGAAUCAUAGGAAUCAGGAGAUGGAGAACAGGAUCCGGGCGCUUCAUGCUCAGCUCCUGGAGAAGGACGCUGUGAUUAGAGUCCUCCAGCAGCGCUCCAAAUCGGAGCAGGGCAAGCUGGAGAGACAAGGGCUACGGCUGGCGAGGUCCGUCCCCUCCAUCAACACCGUGAGCAGCAGCACGGAGACUAAAGGAAAGAGCCUCUCGGAUGACCUGACAGGUGCUGCCGUGAUGCACCCCCGGCCCUGCGCAGUGCCCAAGGGCCCGAGCAUAGACUCCAGCACCCAGUGUGACGAGGUCCCACAGGAGCUAAGGACGUCUGAUGUGAUCUCGGCAGCUACCACUGACGUCCCGGAGGAGCUGAAGGAACCCCUCAAGACAUUCAAAAUUGACAACUGCUCAGAUGCAGAGUUGGUUGAGAUCCUCAUUUGAGUGUCCAGUAAAGCUCAAAUAACAAAACUGGGGACAGCAGACAACAACAGACACAUUGGGCCUAGGUGUUAACUACUUUCGUCCACCAGCAAAUGCCGUAAUGGAGGUGCGGACUCCAGAAUGUGAGACGGUCUGGGGAGGAGAGCUGAGCUUUUCCUUCUACUGCUUCUGCGAAAAUUCACAAACUCUGACAUUUGCCUCAUCAUUAAGAAUUGUUCUCAGUACCUGAACAGCAUUGUGACAGGAACUCGGUUGCUGAUGUACGUACAUAUGUGGUGCAUGUUAUUAUUUCUUUUGUCAUGUAUUUAUUUUUUGUAAAUGCUGCUUUCUUUUUUGAGAGGUGAGAAGAACAAGGAUCACUUGUCUUGCUCUGCUCCACAUUUUAAUUUAUAUACGAAUGACUCACUUCUGCAUCACAUGCAUAGCCGGUCUUCACUUGGUUUCCAGUAGCAUGACUAUUACCGUGGGAAUAUUUAUUAAGCAACUCAGUGCAAGCAUCAUCCAUGCUUUCCUGCCAUGUGUGAGGAUUAUUCUGUUAAAGAGAACAACUCCAACCUAAGUCAACAGUUGCUCCUCUCUUUAAAAAUACAUGUGAGGCAGAUGCUCAGCAGAGGAUUUGGAAACUUCCUUUGAAUGUGUAGCACGCUCAUUUCUCUCUUAAAAAAGCCUGCGAGGAUUGACAGUGUUCCACGGCCGUCUAAUUUUCCAGAGCCCGGGUUAAUUUUGGGGGGCCUCAGAUGGCGAGUGGCCAGCAUUUUGCUCCUCUUCGCCGACAUGCGGGAGCUAAUCUUCUCACAUUCCUCACUGAGGGAGUGCUCCUGUUAAAGAAAAAGGCCAUCUAAAGUCUGACCCCUCACCCCUUGUUAAAAUGGUAUGCAUUCUCCACAUGAUUCCUUUUCUGGGGCUAGUUAUUUCUUCUCAGCCUUGGUAGCUGGUUCUACCACAACCGUAGAAAUUGUCAACUAUAAUUGGCCUGCAUUUGCUCCUCUAUAUGUUGAUCCCAUCAUGUCACUGUGUUAUAUUCAGCUGUGUAUUUCUCCCUUGCUCAAGUAUCGGAUAUUUCUGAGUGGACUGUAUCCUUAACAUAGAAUCUUCUAUUUAUUUCUCCCUGCACACAUUGGGAUCACUGAAUACUGCUGAGUGUAGACUCCUAUUUUCCAGGAUCAGGUUUUGUAGUCAACUGGAAUGUUCCACAAUUCACAUGUGUUAAACUCUACAGGGGAAUACCGCAGAAAAUUCAGCAUCAGUGGAUUUGAAAACAAGCCAAUGGCUUAUCGUCCAGUUUUUAAACAUGUUAGUAUGGAUCUGAAGAUUUUUAUCUCAGAGGAACAAACGCCACAUCCAUCGUUGCUUGGAGUCCACAUUGACAUGGUAUUUUCCUCACAACUUCAUCACUGUGCAUUUGCGGGUCAGUGCAACGUGUCAGUUUGAGUUAGUGCCCUUCAGUUCUUCUGGAAUGUGUUUACAUAAAUGGUUAUUUGAAGUGAGAGAAGUUAAUAUAUUUUAAAGUUGUUUUUUUCAUUUGUAUUUGUGUAUUUGUUCUGUUUUCUGGUGCCAAAGAUGUACCCAACAAUUAAGUUAUAACCGAUGACAAAUACAAAAGGACUGUUGCUUCAGCUGGUUGACCCACUAUAAUGUUGCUGUGAACUUUUGUAAAGGAAACAUUUGUAUGUAUGCCUUAACAUUUCACAAUAAUUGAUAAAAAUUCUUAAUAUAUGUCUGAUAAA